UAACUCACUCCUACACUCUCACCACACUCUCUCACACACUCACCACACUCUCUCACACUCUCACCCACUCUCUCACAGUCUCACCACACUCUCUCACACACUCACCCACACUCUCUCACACACUCACCCACCCACUCUCCCUAGGCCUCAACCGCACUCUCUCACAGUCACACUAACCCACUCUCCCCAGGUCUCAACCACACUCUCUCACACACUCACCCACACUCUCUCACACACUCACCCACCCACUCCCCCUAGGCCUCAACCGCACUCUCUCACACACUCACCCACACACCCACACACUCACUCAUACUCUCUUACUCACUCCCACACUCUCACCACACUCUCUCACACACUCACCACACUCUCUCACACUCUCACCACACUCUCUCACACUCUCACCCACACACCCACACUCUCACCACACUCUCACAGUCUCACCACACUCUCUCACACACUCACCCACACUCUCUCACACACUCACCCACUUUCUCACAUACUCACCCACCCACUCUCCCUAGGCCUCAACCGCACUCUCUCACCCCGCCCACGGAAACGAGGCUGAUGUGUGUCUCAUUCCUCCCACUUGACUCUCGCCCCGUACUCCGCACAGCCUCACGCUCCGUGCAACUCCACAAACGCACGCGCAGGUAGCCACAGGCAGACAAGUCGAGAAGCCAGACAGACGGACUGCUUGAUAGGCAGGCAGACAGGCAGGUAGACUUACAGGCAGCCAGUCACACCGACAUUUGACAGAUAAGACAGGCACACGAGUAGACGGCUUAACAGGCCAGCCAGGUGUCAGGACUGUCAUUUGACAGGCGGACAAAUAGUCAAGUUGACAGUCAGACUAACAACACGGCCAGCUUGACUUCUGACAGAUAGACUGUCGGGCAGACACGUAGACAGGCAGACUAACAGGCAGCUACACAGACAGGCAGGCAGGCAGACUGUCCGUGUGUGUGUGAGAGAGAGAUUUAGUGAGCGUGUGCGUGACCUAUGCUGCUGGAGGCUGCGCAUUGCAUUCCUCGGCUGUGCGGCAGAGGCAGAGAGAGAGAGAAAGAGCGGCUCGGUUACAGGUGAGCCCAGCCUCUGAGUGGCGGCGAUGAGGCUGUACCUCGCCAACAACACACAGAACCGCACCUCCGAAGACGAAGUCGGAUCGGAGAGGCCGCCAAAGCCGUCGCCUGCCCCGAAUAAACCCGGAGUCCAACCCCCCGUGAAACCCAAACCCCCGCGCCCAUCAAAGCCCCCGUGCCCAGCCGGGACACCGACGGCCCCCCACGGGACCCCGACGGCCCCCCACGGGACCCCCACGGCGCCGCUCGCCGUGCGGAGGGAGCUGGAGGAGCUCCGCACGCAGUUGGAGGCGCACGGCAGACAGAGAAGACUCGACGUGGCCCAAGCGACGCGGACGCUGCAGGAGGGACGCCGCUGCCUGGAUUCGCUGUGGGUGGAAGUGGCUAAGCUCCAGAGUAGCCUCCAGGCGCCGUGAUUGCUCGGGCAGCCCUGGGAGAAGACACCAACGCAGCGGGAUUGACAAUCUCAAGUCCACACCAGAUAUGUAUCACCUCCGGGGUGUGGGGUGGUGGGGGGGAGGCGCAGGAGGGGUGGGAGAGUUGUUCACACCAAUAAUUAUCACGUCAACUCGGCAUCGCAGAGAGAGAGGGGGGGGGGGGGACGACGACUCAGAGGUGCCAGGAGGAGGAACCACAGACGAAGAACCAGGAAGACAGCAGCAACAGCAGCGGCCUUCGCCACAGCGAGGAGCCGACGACAAAUUCACACGCCCCCCCCCCCAUCCUGCCCAAGCUCUGCCGUCCUCUAUGUGUCAAGGUGCUAUCGGACAAUUAAUGAGGGAACCGGAGCACCCGGAGAAAACCCGCACGUGCGAGGGGGCAACGCUCUAUCCCCGUGCGGAUGGAAGCAGAUGGAGUUGAUGGCAUCACUUGGCGUCUAUCGCCUUCUCGUGGCGAGCCGGCGGUGUGACGGCAAUUUCUCGACGCUCCCCGCGGGAAGGGAGUUUCACAACAACACCAUGUGUCUGUGUGUGCGUGUGUGUGAUUCACCAACCCCUGCUGCUGCUGCUCCUGCUGCUGCUGCUGCUCCUGCUGCUGCUUCUGCUGCUGCUGCUGGGUUGUGGGCAGCCACGUGCGUGGCCACCUCCGUCCCGCGGCCAUCGCCAGUGAUUCAUUUCAUCCGGAACGGUCCGGAACAGUGCGUUCGACGAUUUCUUUGGGCAACUGAACAUCGGUUCUCACAUGUUUAAUUAUUACGUAAAACAACGUGUUCGUACGAUCAUAGGGAUAUCGGGUACGGCAGUAUAGGCUUCGUACGGAUAGGCAACCAUUGCAUUUCUAGUGGUAGUGCCUUACACCAAUAACCCCUUCUCCAAGCCAGGCAGCUAAUCAACAGCGUCCACCCACUAAAUGGUUUGUAUGGUCUCCACAAGACGUUGUUUGCUCAACAUUGAAUAAGAGCUCUCUCUCUCUCUAUCGCUUGCACCCUGGGCAAAGGUAAAGAUCCCCCGUAUAGUCUCAACAGACUGCUGGGGCAAGUGCCGCACCUCUGACCAGCACAGUUGGCUGCGUACGGCGCGAUGGAAGUUCAACGUGCAUACAAGCACGCGUCAACGUGCACCUGCGCAGCUCGGCACGGCCUCCCCUAGGUCAGCUCAGCAUUAAAUGCGUACCCGAAUACGUCAGCAUUGUGGACGGUGUGGGGGGGGGGGGGUCAGUGGUGUGGGCCAGGAGUUUACACAGCACAGACCCCCAACGGUCUUCUUGGUUCUUUCCGUAAAGUCACCUAGAAGGGAAAUAAUAAAAUAAUAAAAAUAAAACAAUACAAUUCUCACGACGUU